AUGGAGAUGCUGGCUCGUGGAUUAGGACUUGAAGAUGACUUCUUCAGCAAGAAUUUUGAAGAAAAGGAGGCUACUAUUUUCAGAAUAAGCAGGUAUCCUCCUUGGCCUCUCCCGGAGAUAGUAGGAACAGGGAUCCAUUCAGACCCCCAAACAUUAACCAUAUUGUGUCAAGACCUUGUUGGUGGCCUUCAAGCUUGGACAAAUGGAAGGUUAAAGAACGUGAUACACAGGGUAGUGGUGAAUAAGGAGAAUCAGAAGCUAUCAGUGGCAUAUUUCAUGAAUCCAACAAGCAGUGCAACAAUUGAAUGCCUACAUCAGCUUAUUGAUCCAGUUUCUAAUCCAAGAAAAUAUGUACCUUUUACGUGGGCUGAACUGCGACACCUUCUUUUAACUACCAGGAGGCUACUGGGUACUAACACAACUAGGCACAAGAGCAAGGCAAAUAAAGCUUACAAGAUUAGAAGCUUCCGUGCAUUCCAUGAUAAUUCUGCAUUUGACAUAGUUGCCACUGCUGUCACGAUAGUGGACUAG